UUUUUUUUUUUUUUUUUGCUACCAUUCUUGGGGGCAGCUGAUGAGACAAGUGAAGGAACGACUCCAGGCUGGAGACGGCCCUCAGAGUUGUAAACGCGGGAUUGAGACGCUGCGGGGAGAUGGCCUGCCUUGCGCAAGGGCCUGGGCGGGAGGGCCUGCGCCUGCGCUAGCGAGACUCUGGCUAGCCACUCCCACUGCACACGGCGAGUCUGGGCGACUGCGCACGCGCGGCUGGUUAUAAACAACUUGUGAAAUGAGUGAUUUGGAAGAUGAUGAGACACCCCAGCUUUCUGCCCAUGCCUUAGCAGCUCUCCAGGAAUUUUAUGCUGAGCAAAAGCAACAAAUUGAGCCAGGCGAGGAUGAUAAAUAUAACAUUGGAAUAAUAGAAGAGAAUUGGCAACUGAGCCAGUUUUGGUAUAGUCAGGAAACUGCUCUGCAACUGGCACAGGAGGCAAUUGCAGCUGUAGGAGAAGGUGGCAGAAUCGCAUGUGUGAGUGCCCCUAGUGUUUACCAGAAACUCAGAGAGCUGUGCAGAGAAAACUUUUCUAUAUACAUCUUUGAAUAUGACAAAAGAUUUGCCAUGUAUGGAGAGGAGUUUAUUUUCUAUGAUUACAAUAAUCCAUUGGACUUACCCGAAAGAAUUGCUGCACAUAGUUUUGACAUCGUAAUAGCAGAUCCUCCCUAUCUUUCGGAGGAAUGUCUCAGAAAAACAUCGGAAACCAUCAAGUACCUGACGCGGGGCAAGAUUCUGCUGUGCACAGGUGCCAUCAUGGAAGAACAGGCAGCAGAACUCCUUGGAGUGAAGAUGUGCACGUUUGUUCCAAGACACACCCGGAACUUGGCAAAUGAGUUUCGCUGUUAUGUGAAUUAUGAUUCUGGGCUGGACUGUGGGAUCUGAUUACAGACGGUGACAUAACACAGGAAGGAACCCUGUCACAUUCCUCUUUUUGUAUUUUCGUAGUAGAUUUAAAAGUUAUAAUCUCUUCCCCUCCCCCCAAACUGGAGCUGUCCCUGGCCUGAUUUUCAAAAUAAAGUGUGCGAUCUUCA